UCUUCCUUACAUGUAAGAAUCACCUUUUUUUCUAAAAGAGAAGAAAUGCUAAAGAAUCUUUUGUACGUACGCAAACAAAGAAUUGUUUAUUAACUCAUCCUUCUGUAUUCGAAUCCGUCAGAUGUCCUUCGAGUAUCACGUCAUUAACCUGGGUGGUGGACCGUGAACGAUGACACAUGACAGAAGAACGGAGAGUUGAGAGCGCACGGCGGCAAGGUAGUCAUAAAAAAAAAUUAACAUUUUGAAGUUACCUCUCGAAGCUGAGCUUACGGAUGUGCGCUGGAGAUAUACAUAUUAAGUUUUCUCUUGUAUAACGAAUUGCACACAUUGACCGACACAGUCAUCUUUCAGAUUAUGAAUUUUUAAGGUUGUGUGCGAAACUUUGAUAUGAUAUUUGAUAAAGCGAAAUUUCCGAUUGGUCCGUUCUACCAUAUUGAUGAAUCAUGGCACAGACGCCUCAAUAACUGUGGAAAUUACAAAUGAAUCAUUCACAGAGAAAAAGAAAACUAGAAUCUAUAAGCGAAGUCGACUUUCAUCAGAGUAAACUGGAAAUUUUAAUGUGAAUAUCUGAAAUUAUUAAAUUUUUGUGUGUUUGGCCACACAAGUCGACUCCCACGUGAUUUUUCUGCAACAUAAAUCUGCAAAAAUCUUUGCAGUAACUUUGCAGAUUCUGCAAAGGGUCUCUGCAGAUUUGAAGCAGAUGUGCCAAGAUUUGACCAAAGAUCUGAUGCAGAUCCGCAAAAAUAUCUUUACAGUUUCUUUGCAGGUUUUCUGCAGAGAAACUGCAGAUUUUUACACGUUUUUUUUUGUUUGUAUAUUUGUGUCAAAACAUUUGAAAUAUACGAAAUAAAUGUAUAUCCCACAGUCCCAACGCACACUGAAAAAUCUGCAAAGAAUCUGCAGAGAAAUUGCAAAGAAACUCUAAAGAUUUUUUUGCAGAUCUGCAUCAGAUCUUUGCCCAAAUCUUGGCACAUCUGCAUUGUGGAAAAUUAUCUCAAACUGCCGGUAUAGCCGGUAGUUGAGCGUGAAGUUCGGAAGAUUCUUAUCUCCGUUCUCAAAAUACCAGUUUGCCCGACUGUGUGGUUUUUUAGUUCAGUCGCAGACUGUGUUGCCUCACACCUAAACUCUUCUUUCUCUAUCGGAUAUAAAACUGCCAUUACUAGAGAAGUUCCACUGAAACCUCACUUGCACUACACUAUUUCUGUUUUUCUUGUACUAUUAUUUAGAUGAUAUAGUGAAUCAUAUACUUGAAGAACAACUGAAAACACUUGAAGCUGAAGAAGAAAAACGUUUAGCAGAAUAUAAGCAAUCACAUAAAAAUGAUCCGGAAUGUAAAUACUUUGUUCAUCAUCCUCCACCAUCACCAGAUGAAUAUCCGACGGUAGAUCGUUCUAUUCGAUCACAGAUUUCAACAUUUUACCAAACAGGAUUAACAGGCACAGAAACUGAAAAAGAAUUUGAAAAAUCGAAGAAAAAAAAUGAAAGAAAGUAUUUUGUAACGAAAGACGAAGAUGACGUUCUAAAACUGAAAAUGAUGGAAAAGGACAGUGAGGAUGAUAGUGAACGAAAUAUGAGCAGAUUUCUUACGUGCAAGGAGGCGUUGAAUGUUGUCAACUCAUAUGAUCGUUUAAGUAGUUUACCAGAAAAAAUUGUCGGAAAUAAAAAAAAUGAGCCUAUUGACAGAAAGUUUCGAAAAAAAGUUUAUGUGUUAGAAACGGAUCCGACACUCGUGGUAGUACAGUAUUUGGGUGAAGAAACAUGGGGCAUUCGGAAUACUAAAUUACGAAUUCCUGCUCAUCUGCAACGUCAUAUUGAACAAAGAGUAGCACAUGAAAAGCUUGCAGAGAUUUAUCGUGAUCUCAUUAAUACGGAAGAAGGAGCCUGUACAAUUCGAAGCAGCCAACAAAUUAAGUAUCUCCGACGAAAAUCUCUGAUGAAAUACAAAUUAUCUCAUGAUGAUAUUAGGGACUGUCGCCUAGGAAAUAAACUUUAUUUGGGUUUUGGUUUUCAUUCACUUUUAGGACACUGGGUUAUCGACACCUUGAAGAUUCAUGAUGCGUUUCCAAAGGAGGUGACGAGUAACGCCAUCGAAGGGAUGAACAAUUUGUUUAAACAAGUUACAGAUUGGAAAUCGCUGUCGCUCGAUCGUUUGAUAUUGAAAAUUAACGAUGUACAGCGUUCUCAUAUUCAUGAAACAAUUCGUGGCUGCUGUGGAUUAGGAGAUUACAAGUUAAAAAUUGAAUACAGUGCACUAAUAAUGGAUCGUAGUGCUGUCUCUGAUUUAGAAUUUUUUCCGUCGCAAGAUAUCGUUGAUUGUAUAAUAAGUAAUCAUGAUGUACAGGAGUUAAAUGGUGAAGACUCCGAAAACUGUCGUCCAGCUGUCAUUUCCAAACCUCGUCAGAAACCGAUGAAUGCUUCUGAAUUAAGUGAAAUUCUUAUUCCUAAUAAAAGUGUACGAUAUGAUGAUAGUACAGGAACUUUUCUUGUUGAAAUAAAAUCGAAAAAUGAUUUCAAUAUCCUUUCUACAAAAAUGAGUGACAAUCAACUAUUUUUUUAUCAUUCUGUUAAAAGAAAACAACGAUUACCAUUGAUUGUGAAUAGGCCGAAUUUGUCGAAGGUUCAAAAAGCGACGGAAAAAGAAUCGGGUAUACAGAAGACCGACACAAAAGCCCCUACAUCAUGGGAUAAAGAAAAGGCAACAAUCAGCGGUCUAUGCGAACAGUUCUUGCCAAUCGAUCUGAUAUUAUCAACAACAAUAAUGCAAUGGAACAGUGAAUUACGAAAAUAUUUAUUAUUAUUAUUAUUUCUAUUGAAACGUAUUUAA